AUGCCAGUGCAGCUGUUGCAGAGCACUUUUGAGGAUCCCUGCCGAGCCUUUGAUUUCUCCGACUUGGGUGAUGCAGAGCUGCAGAAGGGUGACGCAGCAGGAGCCCUUGCCGCCUUCAACGCCGCUCUUGAGGUGGAGCCACGGUGGCCGGUGAUAUGGCUACAUCGAGCUCAAGGCAAACUGGAGCAUGGAGACUUUCAGGGUGCGAUUGAAGAUGCUUCAGCCACACUGGAGCAUUUGUGCAAAUCCAAGUGGGGCUUCUGGGUGACUGCUUGGGCCAUCUUGUCGACAGCUUCAGCCAAUCAUCCGGCCUUUGAUCCAGGUGAAAAGCAGGUCAAUAAGGAGCAUAUCGGAGAUGGGCUGACCUUGGCCGACGAUCCAGAGUUUGCGAAAAAGCCCGAAGCAGCUUAUGCCCUCGAGGACCCCGCGUGUGAAGAGGCGCCGGGCUGGUCGGAGUAUCGUUCUCAGCUGAUGGCCUUGGUAGCCAUCGAGUGGCAGGAUGCUGCCGCCUUGGCCUACGAGUGGAUGAAUUCUCGAGGCAUGAUGAAGACAAAGAUCAUGGACGACGAAGCCAAACACUGCUUGCCUGGCGUUGUUGCCUCUCUCCACCUCUUGGUGCGCUUUUCCUUGGAAGAGGACGGCAGCUGGGAGUCCGCUGUGUACAUGACCCGUUGUCUCAGCGGUUAUGCGUCUAGUAUGCAUCCUGACAAGUUCGACCAGAUCACCGCGAACGGAACACGAUGGCCUGUGACAGUAGCCGAGAUGGAUUCCAUUCGACGGAGGCUGGCCGUGGCUUCAGCCAACAGGACCACUACUUCGUGGAAGAAUGAAGCUGGGGAGAGCUACGUUGGCAAUGCCUUUACCAUGAUGGGGACAGACGAGGUAGAACCUGGCAUCAGCAUGAAGAAUUCUGUGCGGGUGUACGUCUAUGAUGUGGAGGAUUACUUUGAGCUCAGGGUGCUGGCGAGAGGAGCAUCAUUCUGUCGCGAGAACCAAUGGGGCUUCGAAGUUGGCUUGCACGAGUGGUUCCUUGCAUGUCCUUGCCGCACCGAAGAUCCUUUGGAGGCAGACUUCUUCUUCGUGCCACACUACACGGCCUGUCACCUGAAUGUGGAGACCUUCAGCGAGGAGGACUCAGACGCACUCUUCCAGAGUCUGGUGGGACGCUUACAGCAUUUCCCACGCUCUUUGGGUCGAGACCAUCUUUUCGUUUGGGGGGGCGGCUUCGGGGUGGAUGGCCCCUUCCGCUCUUGGCGUCGCUACAUCGAAGAUGCGAUAUUCCUUAUGACGGAAACCGAGCUGUGGAAUCCAUACAAACAGAUCACCACGCCCGGAUUUUCCGCCUGGAAGGACGUUUUGAUUCCUGGGAGAAUCUCCUUGGCAGAAGUUCGAUGGGCUAAAUCUGCACCGACUGAGCGACAGUACCUGGCAGAUUUUGUCGGAUGGAACCGACCCUUGCAUAACGCUCAGGGUGGUAUGAGUGCAAGUUCCCCUCGAGUAGCACUCCUUGCGAUGGCUCACGAGCCAGAUCUUCAUAUCCGGCAAGAUGUCCCCUACAUGGAGGCAGCUCGUGGAGCGCUUUCCUCCAAAUUUUGCUUUGUUCCACGGGGCAAGUCUGCCUGGUCGUCGAGGUUUUUCAGAGUUCUUUUUGCUGACUGCGUUCCUGUUUUGCUGAACGACUUCUACGAACCUCCUUUUGGUGAGAUCUUUGAUCCUUCGAGCUUCGUGGUCCGAUGGCCAAUGCAGAGAGUGGGCCAUGAGCUGUUGGAAACUUUGAGGAAAGUGACCCCAGAGGCCUAUGAGAAGAUGCUUGGCCGGGUGCGCAGCCAGCGAUGCUGGUAUGUGUGGAUACCUUCCGUGAUGGACCACGAGCAAAUCGACAUUCAGAAGGGCAAGCUGGAUGGAGUUUGCCCUCUUUGGAAGACUCAAAAUGCAUUUAUUGGGGUGAUGAGACUUCUUCGCACUCGCCGGAGGGCUUCCCAUUGGCCAAGCCUUGGGAAGGCUUUCCAUGUACCUGACGAGGUAGGGGAAGCCGUGCAGCUUGAUGAGCAGGCACGCUUCCGUACGGACAGUCCUGAGUCCUGA